CUGCGGCGGUGGGAGUUAGAGGCCAAAGAGUGGAAGAUUGCCACGCAACUGCGUGACGUCCUGCAGGUCUUCUACCAGGCGACGCAAUUCUUUUCGCGCGAAGGGGAUGAGGCGCCAGCCUUGACAGACGUCAUUCCGUCGAUGGACAUCAUUGACCAACGCCUCGCAACUGACAGUAUCAACCGCGACCUCGACCCAGCCGUCCGCGUCGCCGUGGGCAUGGCCAAGCAGACCAUCAACCGCUACUACAGCAAGAGCGAUGAGUCCGCUGCGUAUAGAAUUGCGAUGAUUCUCGACCCACGGUACAAGCUUCAGUACUUCCACGACCAUGACUGGACCGACGAGUGGAUUGCGCAGGCC